GACAGAUAACUGCAGAAACAACUAACCGAAAUUAUUACGUCGAACAUAUUGUUGUUUUGUUUAAGUGGAAGAAAAAUUGUUUGCUAGGUGAAUGUUUGUGACUACAUUUCGACGACAACGCGAGUGUUUCAUAAAUCGUUACAUUGUUUUUAUGUUUAUUUUCCUCCAAUGAUUAAACAUAUACUACAGUCGUAAUCUCAGACAAUUCUAGUGAACAUAGCCUCGUCGCGUAAAAUGUACCAAUCUUUACAUGCACCUACUGACUCGUACAAUCGAAAAAUUUGAUCCAUUACAUACAUAGCAGGUUAUAUUUUUAGUCGAAGUUAUUAAAUAUUUUGUAAAAUGAAAUUAGUUGUGAAAAUAUUGCAGGGUGAAGAGUGCACUGUUGAGAUAUCUCCAACAGACACUGUUUGCAUUCUCAAAAAUCGAGUUAAAGAACUUCUCGGAGUUGAAGUAUCGCAACAAAAAUUGAUCUUCUUGGGCAAAGCUCUUUCAGAUGAAAAUCCAUUGAGUUUCUAUCCUGGAAUCAAAGAUGGCUGCAGACUAUACCUGGUGGUAAAAAAAGAUCUGUGCAACUCAAUUCAAAGUUCAAGCGAAGCAAAAACACCUACCCCCAAAUCUGGUAUUGCCAUUCUCAAGGAAGAGAUGACGAGAAUCCUAAAACAAUAUUACACACCCACAGAAACGGAUGCGAUACUCAACGAACUGAUAAAGGAAUUGAGAAAAAAAGUUGACAGCUUGACUUACGAUGACUUGGAAAGAUUAGCGACUGCGCUCAUACAAGAUCAAGAAACAAGCACUUAGAUAAUUAUCUGCUAUCAUUGGCUUAUUAUUUAAUUUUUCUCUUUACUUGCUAUUGUUUAUUAUCCUGCAGCAUAUUUCCACCCACGAAAACUCAAAGAAAUUUCUAAUUAACAAGAAAAGUAGCUCUUUCACAAGAUAUUGAAGUUGGUGUCGUUGAAAUGUUCGUAAGAUAUUUUUUACUUCUUAAUUCCACACUUCCAUACAAUAAUUAUCACGAUUUUACUCAUUUCAUCAAAAAUUUGUAACACAAAGUCAAAAAGAAUUACCCUCAUUUACAAAUUAUUUUUGAAAAACUUAAAAUUACAAUUAUUCUCAAUUUUGGUAGUGCAAAUUUUUAUAUUUAUCUCCUGAGGAUACAAAAAAGAAACGACGGGCAUAAUUAACAACGCUUCAAUGUAGAAAAUGAUACAACAUGUAAGAGUCUAUCGAACAAUUGCAUUGUAUGAAAAUUGUAUUCUAAAAACGUAAAUCGAGUCUCGUUUUGUACAAUGUUAUUAUUUGGUGAAUUAUGUCAUGAAUCGACGAGGUCGAGUUGACGGAAAUAUCGAGCAACUAAGCAGAUGAAGAGAUUGAGCGUGUUCAAUCGGUGCUCGUCACUCGAAUCCUGAAACCGCAAAUGAAUCUACUUCAUUAUCACUGUAAUAUUCCAGCUGAAUUAUUUUUCGUUGAAUCAUAAAAUUAUCACGAAACGAAAUUUUUUCAACAAAGUAUUUACAGGAUGCGAAUCUAAUUUUAUUGACUGUUUCUUACGUUAAUAUUGAAAACAAAUCUGCUCAUAUCAAAAGCAACUUAAAAAAACUCUGAAGCUGAUUUUCGUAGUAGCUGUUUAAGAAAAAAAUGAGAAAACUCCAUCUUCUUGUUGAUAAAAGUACAAUAAUAAUAAUAAUACAAAUUCGAAUGUUUAAAGUAUGUGAAAAAUCAUCUCUGUUAUAGGAAUAUUCAUUUUUUUAUUGACACCCUUGAAUAAAUUGAAAAUGAAUUUCGAAAAAGUUA